AUGACCUCUCCUCCAGAGCCAAAAGGUGUGUCUGGAGCAAUAACCAACGCUGACACGCCUUCUGAUACUAAGGGAACAGAACAAGACACUUCGGCUGGUGACGGCGCAUCGCACAACCAGGCUAAGCAACAAAAAAGCACCUUUGAGGAGAUACUCGAAGAUCUUGUCAAAGAACUGACCCAUGAAGAAAGGGUGGACUUCAGAGCGAACAGUAUGCUCCGUGUGAUGGUGGAUUUUCUUCAUCCGGAUGAAAGAUCUAUAGUAGACUGCGUCGUAGUUUCUAAAGAAGAUUUCUAUCAACUCUGCUCUCGAUUAAGCAAGUUUGAAUUCAAUACUGUGCGAGAUCUGGACGUUCCUGGCAUAGACGUGGACCUUUUGAAUCAAUUUUAUGAGGAACUUGUUUGGAUAUGCGCAUCAAUUUUGGUGCCGCUUUUAUCGGAAAAAGCGCUGUUGGCUGAGAAUUUGAUCGACUUUAGACGACUGGAUUUGGACAUAUUCCAUUCGGAGGAUAUUGAUCCCUAUAAGGAGCUUACUAUGAUGUUAGCCAUAGCAGAUGAUUUUUGUGACGUACCGGAACUAAAGCGAAGAGAUAGAUGUCGUUGGCUCGACAAAUGUCAGGUUAUGAAAGAAACACUGGAGGCUUUAAAGAUGAAUGAUAAGCAGUUACUUAAGCAGCUUGGUGUGUUGGACACGGCAGAGAGCGUCAUUGAAAAGAUUGAACUUGGAAUGGCAAUAGCGGAAAAGGACAUCACAUCGAUCAUACCGAAUCUUCUGAGCAGACUGAAACCCGAUGAACGUGACAGAUGCCUUGCGCGACAUUUGGGUAAGCGUGAGAUGACCAAAACUGCCAGGAGUUGGGUGCAGCUCGUCCGAAACACCAGCAGUCCCGAUCAGUGCAUUGAGCUUCUUCCAUCUUGCCUCCGUGAUAUUUUGCUGUCGGAUUUGUCCAACAAGGCAAGCUUAUAUGCCGCAGCAAAGCGAAUGGCUGAAGAGAUGCCUAUCACGCUUUUCAAGAAGGAUGCUGUUUUCCUCAUUUCAAGUCCAACUAUUUCUCUGUCUGAUCUGUUAAAAUUUGCUUUGGAACAGUAUGAAGAUCCAUCCAAGACUCUGUGCGGCAGCAGGUACACUUUUAUAGAAUCAAUAUUUCUUGCUGUACGCGAACUUCUAUCAGAUAACAAAACACUUUCUGUGGACCUGAAUGAGAUCUUCUGCAAACUUCAGGUAUGCCCUUGUGUCCUGCUCACUUAUGCAGUGUUCUCAAUGUUGUGUCAUUAG